AGGGCGGGUUGGUAACUUGGCAGCCGCGGAGAAGUGGGUGACCGACCAGCCUCCGCAGACUUUGCGUGGCCGGCGCGGUCACACCUCGAGAGAAGAUUAUAAAUGCCAGAGCCAUUUAACUGAUGGUUUGUUGUUGAAUUCAGACACUUCCUUAAAUACUUUUCUUGUACCAACAUCUUCAUUGGGAAGACCUCACAAAAAGUACCACAUAAAGAGACCACAUCCACAUUUACUAUGGCUAUACCAAUCACAGUGCUAGACUGUGAUCUCUUGCUGUAUGGUCGAGGUCACCGGACCUUGGACCGUUUUAAGCUAGAUGAUGUGAGUGAUGAAUACUUGAUGUCCAUGUAUGGGUUUCCACGGCAGUUCAUUUAUUACUUGGUGGAGCUCCUGGGAGCAAGUCUUUCUCGACCUACUCAACGAUCCAGGGCUAUAAGCCCAGAGACACAGAUCCUUGCAGCAUUGGGAUUUUAUACUACAGGUUCCUUCCAGACUCGGAUGGGAGAUGCUAUUGGAAUCAGUCAAGCCUCUAUGAGUCGUUGUGUUGCCAAUGUCACGGAAGCACUUGUGGAAAGGGCCUCACAGUUCAUUCACUUUCCAGCUGAUGAAGCUUCCAUUCAGGCUCUGAAGGAUGAAUUCUAUGGAUUGGCAGGGAUGCCAGGGGUGAUAGGGGUUGUCGACUGUAUCCAUGUGGCAAUCAAGGCACCAAAUUCUGAAGAUCUGUCCUAUGUGAACCGCAAAGGUCUGCAUUCUUUAAACUGCCUGCUGGUGUGUGACAUCAGAGGAGCACUAAUGACUGUGGAGACAAACUGGCCAGGCAGCCUCCAGGACUAUUCUGUGCUGCAACAGUCUUUGAGUAGUCAAUUUGAAGCUGGGAUGCACAAAGAUAGUUGGCUUCUUGGUGAUAGCUCUUUCUUCCUCCGCACCUGGCUCAUGACCCCACUUCACAUUCCUGAAACUCCUGUGGAAUAUCGCUAUAAUAGGGCUCAUUCUGCAACUCACAGUGUGAUUGAGAAGACUUUCCGAGCUCUCUGUUCCCGUUUCCGCUGCCUGGAUGGAUCCAAGGGGGCACUCCAGUAUUCACCAGAGAAGUCCAGCCACAUCAUCUUGGCUUGUUGUGUCCUCCACAACAUCUCCUUGGAGCAUGGGAUGGAUGUUUGGUCCUCUCCAGUGUCAGGACCUGUUGAACAGCCCCCUGAGGAAGACUAUGAGCACAUGGAGUCUCUGGACUUAGAAGCUGACCGCAUCCGUCAGGAGCUGAUGCUUGCUCAUUUUAGCUAAUGUGAAAUGUGGGGAAGAGAGAGACUUUCUGGAAGAAAUUGUGACAGCCUUUCUCCUUCCUCACCACACUUGACACAGUUCUAUCAUCCAGCAUUAUUGAAUGUACAUACUUGUCAUGAAUUGAUACUUAAUCUGUGUUCUAGAAGAGUUGAUGCUGUGCCAGAAUUAUCUUGGUUCAUUUGCAAAUUUGUCAACUAAAUCAAAGCAAAGACAAGGGCUCCUUGUUAUCUGGCAAACUUCAGGUUGUGUGUGCAUUACUCAUUUGUGAGCUCACAGGCUGCAAUUUUUUAUUGUGCUUCUACAGACAUAGUGAAGGAGGAAGCAGCACAGAGCCAAAA